CAGUGUGCACGACAACAAUGGAAAGUAACGAGCCACCCGCGACGUGUUUCAAACAUGAUCGUUCCUGUUAAAAAGCAUGUCUAAACACGAAUAUCAAAGGCGAGCGGCGGCAAUCCUUUGUUCCGCGCCGCCGCUGUCUGGUUUAGACAUGCUCCUGGGCUUGUACGAACUUGUUCGUAACGCGGCGACGGCCGCGACGUACACCCAGGACAGGAACGAUCUUGUUUGCGCGGCCCGCUUAUAAAAAGACGGCCCCUCGAGAGACGUCGCUUAGUUGUAAUUGAACCUUUGUUACGUCACGUACUUAUUAUAUUCGUCAGAGUGUGUUAAUGUUAAGUUAAUUGAGUAGUCGCAUAAGUCCACUAUGUGUUAAUAUCGUUUUCUUGUAAAAUCAGUUAAUUAAAGUAUUGUGCUAAAUCAGUACAAGAGUUAUUUCUCCACCACCAUCAUACAGUCCACUGGCUCCCUGACCACAUCACGGGUACGUCGAGGAAACGAUCCACUGCCUGAUCCCUCCGACCCGCACAUUCUGGUCCUUCAGAGCCAAAUCAAGUUCCAGCAACAUGGUGCUAACACGCAGCCGUAGUGGAGAGUCCAAAGGAGAGCAGACCCAGCAAGAGCUUUCUGUGACCGCCGGACCGGGUGCCACCACCCCGGCACCAGAAUCGAGCUCGGUCCGAGUGACGGACACAGGAAGCGGGUCUACGGCGACUACUAACAUCGACGCCACACUCAAGCCCAGCGAUACGAGGUCACGCCGUUCCACGUGUUCGAAAAAGAAGCGCCUCGCAGAGCUAGAGGCCAUAGAACAACUACAGCUGGCUGACAUGAAUGUACAGCAAGCGCAGGCAGAACGAAAGCUGAAAGAACAGCUACAGCUGGCUGAUAUGGAAGUCCAGCAAGCACAGGCAAGGCGACGGCUGAAAGAAAUACAGCUGCAGCGCCUCAGAGUCGAAGCUGAGUCGAGCGACGACGAAGAGUUGAUGGACGACCUCGCCUCCGUGAGGAUUGGAACGUGGCUAGCGCGACCCGCGCCGCCACCCGGAGGUGAGACUCGGCCGCCGCCUCACGACGCCAGCGGCGGGAGGAUCAGCAGAGACGCAGCCCACGCAGCGCGAGCGACGUACACCGGCGCCCCGGCGGGCGCGCAGCCGCUGCGAGACGACGACGGCUACGGCAAAGUGCGUGAAAGUGUGUGUGCGAAUACAAAGGGCAAUAUCGCGAGUGAAGUGUCACACGGCAAUAUUAGUGAUAAACUAAUAGACGUAGGAACCCUCGCCGCGGCACUAGCGCAAGUCACGCGCAGUUCGAGAGAGCCACCGAAGUACAUGCAGCGGCUACCAGUCUUCGAUGGAAAACCCGGUGAGUGGAUAGCGUAUAAGGCCGCGUAUUGUGACUCACACACGUAUUUUUCUAGCGUAGAAAAUAUUGCUAGGAUUAGGUUAAGCCUCAGAGGCGCCGCAAAGGAAGCUGUAGAGUGCCUACUAUUUAGUCAAUCUGACCCUCAGGUCAUUCUAGAUGCACUAGAAAGACGUUUUGGUAGACCUGAGGCCUUGAUAAUGACCGAAUUAGAGAAAGUAAAAUUAUUACCUAGAUUAAAGGAUGACCCUAGGGAUAUUUGUAUAUUUGCUAGCCGUAUUGCAAACACAGUAGGUACAAUAGAAGCACUAAAAAGAAUUCACUAUUUACACAGCCCCGAAAUGUCGCAAUCUAUAAUAGAUAAGUUAACGCCAAUAUUAAAAAAUAAAUGGUACGAUUACGCGGCAAAUAAAAAGCUUGAAGAUACCCCCGUAUUAAAGCUCUUAUCUAUGUUCAUGAAUGAAGAGGCCGACAAGCGUAGCGCGUACGCACAGCCAGAGCGGGAUAGUGAUAGCGCCAUUGAUGUACGACGGCCGCGCAGAGUUGAGCGCACGUUCGUUGUAAAUAAGAAGAAAACAUUAAAUGAGCGAUGCCCGGCAUGCAAACAACUCGGGCACAAAUUGCCAGACUGUAGUAAAUUUAAAGAAUUAGACAUAAAUACUCGUUGGAACAUAGUAAAAUCAAAUAACGUGUGCUUUAAAUGUUUACGAAAUAAACAUAGAAGAUUAACGUGUAAAGCGCCUAUUUGCAACAUAAAUGGAUGCAGUAUGAAACAUCACAAACUAUUACAUAAAGAGCGUAAAGUUGAAGCGACAAACAGUACAGCGCGGCCCGCACCGUCGGUGAAGACACCUGUUAUCACCCCCGAAUCCGUGACGUCAGCGCGGGAUCGAUCAACGAAUUCGCCUAAGAACCGCCGCGCGUAUUUAAAGAUAGUUCCCGUAACAUUGAGCGGACCACAUUCAAGUUUAGAUACGUACGCCUUGUUAGACGAUGGUAGUACAGUUACCUUGUUAGACGCGACCGUAGCUGACAUCCUAGGUAUAGAUGGGCCAGCAAGCUCUAUGUGGAUACAAGGUAUAGGCACAGAGGUCAAGCAUGAACAAAGCCGAACCGUCAAUCUCCACAUACAAGGCAAGCACCAUAGCGCCCCACAGAAGAUAGAGUCGGCGCGCACUGUAACUAGGUUGGAAAUCAUGGCGCAAACUGUACAAACUGAAGACAUAAACAAUUGCAAACAUUUAGACGACAUACGUAGCACUCUUGUUUAUGAACACGCGCGACCGAUGAUCUUGAUUGGCCAAGAUAACUGGCAUUUAUUGGUAGCCACAAAAACACGUACAGGUGCGCGUGAUCAACCGGUAGCAUCAUACACAAAACUCGGUUGGGUGUUGCAUGGAUGUCAAUAUUCCGUAAAUAAAAUCGUAGAUACAUUUUGCGGUCACAUUCAAAGUAAAGAAAAUCGGGAACCAAUUGAAGAAACAAUGAAAAACUUUUUCAAAUUAGAAUCAUUAGGUAUAGAACCUAGGAUACCUAAAGAUGAUCCUCAACAACGAGCAUUAGAUAUCCUAGAGAAGAAGAGUCGACGUUUGCCCGACGGCAGCUUCGAGACGGGACUAUUAUGGAAAGAAGAUGAACCUAGAAUCCCGAAUAACUACCUAGGUGCACUAAAACGACUAGAAAGUCUAGAAAGGCGUCUAGAUAAGGAUGAAAAUCUCAAGAGUCAAUACUUGCAACGCCUUGACAAUCUAUUCAACUCGGGCUAUGCAGAAAAAGCACCCGAGACAUGCACACCGAAUAAAACCUGGUACUUACCUCACUUCCCAGUAGUCAACCCAGCCAAGCCACAUAAGCCGCCACGACUUGUACAUGACGCAGCAUCAAAGUCAGCGGGUCUGUGCCUAAAUGACCUACUUCUACCGGGACCUGACCUAUUACAAUCACUGCCCGGAGUUUUAAUGCGUUUCCGUCAAAAUAAAAUAGCUGUGUCAGCGGACAUAAAAGAAAUGUUUAUGAGGAUAAAGAUAAGAGAAGAAGAUCGCGAUGCUCUGAGAUUUUUAUGGCGUGGUGAUCAACGAAAUGGACCGCCAGCCCAAUAUCGCAUGACAUCUGUUAUAUUUGGCGCUACGUCAUCUCCAUGCACGGCGUUAUACAUAAAAAACCGCAACGCCAAAGAAUUUGCCGAUAAAUAUCCAGCCGCCGCGUCAGCGAUAAUAAAUAAUCACUAUAUGGAUGAUUAUCUUCAAAGUUUUUCCAGCGAAGAGGAAGCCAAGAAAAUAACAACGCAAGUAGAUUAUAUUCAUAAAAAAGCCAACUUUAUUUUAUGUGGUUGGAUAUCAAAUAAUAAAAAUGUGUUAAACAAUGACCUCGCACCUUCACAAGAUAUAAAAGUAUUAGGCGGCGACGAUUCGGAGAAAGCCCUAGGAUUACGAUGGGAUACUAAGAAAGAUUGCUUUAUAUUUCGAAUCAAUAAAAACAAAACACCUGAAGUAUUAUUAAACAACACACGCCCACCCACCAAACGUGAGGCACUCAGCAUAAUUAUGUCUGUAUUCGACCCACUAGGAAUUAUAUCACCUAUCACUAUACCAGCUAAAAGAAUACUUCAAAACACAUGGAAGUACAAAACGGAGUGGGACAAGCCUUUACCCGAGGAGCUGCAACCAAAGUGGAAAGAAUGGAUGAAGUCACUUAGUACUAUAGAAACGUUGCAGAUCCCACGUUGCUACGAUUACGGCGACGUCAUAGCAAGAGAAGUACAUACGUUCGUAGACGCAAGCGAGGAGGCAUACGCCGCAGCGGUGUACUGGCGAACUGAAAGGUCAGAUGGCAGCGUACAAGUGACCUUGGCGGCAGCCAAAAGCAGGGUAGCCCCACUCAAACCUGUAUCAAUACCUAGAUUAGAGCUACAAGCUGCGCUACUAGGAGCGCGCCUAGCCAGGACGGUUGUACAGGAACAUGAUUAUGAGGUGAAUAACCUGACAUACUGGAGCGACUCUACCACCGCACUAGCCUGGAUUCAAGCUGAACCACGCACGUUCAAGACUUUCGUAGCGCAUCGUGUCGCUGAAAUUGAGGAACUUACGAAGAAAAACGAAUGGAAGUGGUUACCCUCGAAAGAUAAUGUCGCAGACGACGCGACACGCAACACGCCGGAAUACUUUAACUCGGAUCAUAGGUGGUUUCACGGCCCCGAGUUCCUUAGAAAAAGCAGAGAUGAAUGGCCACAGGAUAAAAAGGUCAUCGCCCCCAUGGACACGGGCGAAGAACGAGUCAAAUGUAAUUUAAUCAACGACACAAAAAUCAACGAACAUCUUCCAAUUAUUACUCGUUUCUCCAAAUGGAUACGACUGAUAAGGACGACUGCAAGAGUACUUCAGUUCAUCGACCUUUGUAGACCUGCUAAACAUACUGUUGAGUAUAAGUGUACUAAGAAAAAGGUUUCAAAAGACCCAACGUGGAAAAGCAUAAAUAAAAGCAAACCCGUUAAAAAAGAUACGCAAACUACAUCAAAUAAUAAAACAGCCAAUAACUACAUAACAUUACCCGCUUCUUAUAUUAAACGCGCCGAAGAACAAUGGAUCAAGGGCGCACAAGCCGAAAGCUUUUCAAAAGAAAUCGCCGCCAUGCGAGAUAACAAAGCGACACCCGGCGACGGCCCGUUAUCAGUGCUAAGUACAUACUUAGACAGCGCAGGUGUCUUACGUUUGCGCGGGAGAAUAACAGCAGUGCAAGACGUAAAUGAAGAAAUAAAAAACCCUGUUAUACUCGAGGGUCAGCACGGGUAUACGAGGUUAUAUAUUGCGUACAUACACGAAAGUCUACAUCAUGGCGGGACCGAGAUAACAGUGAAUGAGUUAAGACAGCGCGUUUGGAUUACAAAACUAAGACCAUCUGUUAAAAAUGUUAUCAAGGGCUGUUUAUAUUGCAGAAUAAGAAAAGCAAAGCCAGCUAAUCCCUCUACGGGAAAUCUACCGUACCCUCGUUUAGCUCACCAUGCACGUCCUUUCACUUUUACUGGAUUAGAUUAUUUCGGCCCUAUAUCUGUCACUGUAGGUAGGCACAAAGAGAAAAGAUAUGGAGCCUUAUUUACUUGCUUAACAUGUAGAGCAGUACAUAUAGAAAUAGUUAGGUCGCUUAGCGCAGAUUCAGCUAUCGCCGCCCUCAGGCGAUUCAUAGGUAGGAGAGGUAGUCCGAAAGAAAUAUGGAGUGAUAACGCCACCUGUUUUAAAGCGGCUGAUAGGGAGUUAGGUGAAAGCGCCUUAAGCGCUUUAGGUUGUGAGUCACACGCGCGGUCUAUAAGCUGGAGGUACAUACCGCCCGCAUCACCGUUUAUGGGCGGAGCUUGGGAAAGAAUGGUGAAGGCAGUCAAGGAAUCACUAUACGUCACAUUGAAGGAAGUUCACCCAUCUGAGGAAACCCUCGCUACGCUACUCGUAGAAGUGGAAAAUACUGUCAACUCCAGGCCACUCACACAUGUGAACGUAUCACCAGACGAGCCCGAAGCUCUCACACCUAACCAUAUUUUGAUUGGGCCUAACCCACAUGUACCCUCACCGGGUAACUUCACCGCAGCAGACGUCACAGCACGACAACAAUGGCGACGCGCCCAAGCGCUCGCAGACGUCUUUUGGCGAAGAUGGGUCCGUGAAUACCUGCCACUCCUACAAAACCGGCGGGAGCCCUACGGCAGCGGCACCCCACCCAAGGUUGGAGACGUCGUUGUUAUCUGCGACCCUAACCUCCCCCGCAACACUUGGCCCAAAGGAAGGGUGACGCGAGUGCUACCAGGUGCGGAUGGAGAGGUACGAGUGGUAGACGUCAUAACCAGAGGACUUGAACUACGAAGACCAACAAAGCGCAUUGUCGUGCUCCCCACGGAGUCGCCUGAUGGCGACGGCGGGAGAAGUGUGCACGACAGCAAUGGAAAGUAACGAGCCACCCGCGACGUGUUUCAGACAUGAUCGUUCCUGUUAAAAAGCAUGUCUAAACACGAAUAUCAAAGGCGAGCGGCGGCAAUCCUUUGUUCCGCGCCGCCGCUGUCUGGUUUAGACAUGCUCCUGGGCUUGUACGAACUUGUUCGUAACGCGGCGACGGCCGCGACGUACACCCAGGACAGGAACGAUCUUGUUUGCGCGGCCCGCUUAUAAAAAGACGGCCCCUCGAGAGACGUCGCUUAGUUGUAAUUGAACCUUUGUUACGUCACGUACUUAUUAUAUUCGUCAGAGUGUGUUAAUGUUAAGUUAAUUGAGUAGUCGCAUAAAUCCACUGUGUUAAUAUCGUUCUUUUGUAAAAUCAGUUCAUUAAAGUAUUGUGCUAAAUCA